UCUGUGUCAAAUUCUCUUUAAUUGCUGUUCUAUGCCCGGUGUUCAUGACCGACGUUUGUGGUGGAGUGAUGUCUAAACAAAUUUUUGUAUGUAGUUAAAUAAAAAAAGUUACAAUAAUGGGUGCUUCGUCAAGUGCAACAAGAAAGUUAACAGUAGAAAACGAUGAUCCUACAAGCGUCAUUAAAGUUUCAGAAGAAGUUGUGGAUCGAUUAAAAGGAAGUCAAGUGGUAAGAAAUGAAUUCAAACAACAAGCUGUUCCUCCACCAGUUCAAGGGGGCUCUUUUCCCAUAUUUAUAAAUGAACCUAGUUUAACCUCCUAUCAACUUCGACAGGCAAAUGUAGCUGAACUGAAGAAAAACGAUGAGUAUUGGCAACAGAGGCUGAAAAACUUAGAAGAGAAACAUAAGAAAAUGAAUGAUGUCUUGGACCAGGAGUAUCAAAAAGCUUUAGAAGAAAUGUCAUCUGGAAAAUUAGGAAGAUACGCCCAAAAUAUACCUCCAUGCAAAGAUACAGAACGUGCUGUCAUGGAAUGCUACAAGUGCAAUCCUCAUGAACCAAUGAAGUGUGCUAGAGUAGUUCAAGCCUUCCAGGAAUGCGUAGACUUGAAAAGAAACUGCCUUCUUGCUAAUAGAACAAUUGCAAGUAACUAAAGGAGUGGUAUGAAGCUUUUAGAUUUCUUUUUAGAUUGUUUCUCUGUAAAUAUAACUUUUGUUUAAAA